AUUGAAUCAAAUACUCUGUCCAAUCCCACCUUUCAAACAUUUCUCCCACUCUUCUUCUUCUCAAAAUCUCCAUUUAAUUUUCUCCCUACAAAAAAAAAUCAAGAAUCAAGAAAAAUGGGAUCUUGCAUUAGCAAAUGCAGCAAACCAAACAAGAAAGCACUCAAAGAAGAUUGCAUACAUAUCCACGAAAAACUCGUUAUCUCGCAAGAUCCGAUUUCUUCGAUUCCAUCGAAUAUUACAAAAAUACCCUCACAAAAACCUCUAAUUUCUCAAACGCCCUCUUUCUCUUCGUUUUCUUGUUCCACCGACGGCAAAUGCACAACGGCUUCUUCAUCGUCGUCAUCAUCAACAUCUUCGUCGUGUGAAUCUUCUACUUCGUCGUCGUUGACCACGGUCAAAGACCGUUCGUUCUCGAACGAGUUCUUGUACUCUUGCGUUAAGGAAAAUCCACACGUGAUCGGCCAAUUUGUUAAUAAUAAUAGUAAUAAGGUGAUCAAGGAAAAAAGUACAGCUUCUUCUCCGAAGAAACAAGUCUUGAUCUUGAUGAGUGGCGGCGGCGGUAAUAAAAUCCAUCCUCAUCAAAACCUCGACGCGAAAAAAACGAAGAGAUCUUCGCCUAAGAAAAGGGCACGUACGAAUUCACCUACUCUUGUUGUUAGGCAAAAGAGCUUCCGAAAAGAGAAUAUUAAUAACAAUUCUUUUUCCUCGUCGUCGUCUUCUCAAGGGAUGAUGAUGAGGUCACCUUCUCCGGGCCGAAGAUUCUCAACAAAUGGGAAUAAUUCAGUCAAUUAUGGUGUGAACAGGGAAAGUUUUCGGGCUUCAAAGGCGAGCCCGAAUAGAGAUAUGACGAUUAGUAGUCGCAAUUUUUCCGUGAAGAAAAACGAUACGGUUACGAGAAAUAAUUUUGGGGCGAAGAUCGAUCGAGAAUUAACGGAUGAUAUUAUCAUGGAGGAUAUUAACAAUCCUCUUAUUGCUUUGGAUUGCUUCAUUUUCUUGUAAUUCUUUUUUUUAAUUUGUUGAUUUUUCUUGCAUGCAAAUUAUUUUUUAUUAUUAUUA